AUGGCUGCCGAGACAGAGAAACGUCGACCAUCCGUCGUGUAUGGUCCCCGAGCUCCAGUUACAUUGACACUCACAUUCGGGCAACUCCUCGACCAUCAUGCAAAGACCAGGCCGCAGAGUCCAGCAGUCAUCUCGCAUGUCCAAGGGCGGACGAUCGACUAUAAGGAGCUGUGUGACAGGAGCAUCAGCUUGGCCAAGGCCAUGAAGGGUGCUGGCAUCCGGAAGGGAAGCAAAGUUGGGAUCAUCUCGGGAACCAGGAUCGAGUAUCUCGAGGUCUUCUUUGCGACGGCGAGACUUGGAGCAGCCCUCAUCUUAUUCAACUAUGCAUACACUGAUUCUGAGUUGGUACAACUGAUUAAGUCGAUCGAACCAAUUAUGAUAUUCGCACCACCUGGCUUCGCUCGGUAUGACUACAACAAAGCAUUACGAAAAGCCCAGGACUCUGUAGCCAGUCUCAAGCAUUUCAUACUGUUCGACGACAUCUUCAAGAAGCACCAAUCGUCUUCAUUGAAAUUCGAGAACUACGAAACGUUCUUGAAGUCGAAACCAGCAGGCUCCUGGUCUGACGAUCCUAGUAUCUCGGCACAUGAUAUGGUCAACAUCCAGUUCACAUCUGGCAGUACUGGACCGAAUCUGCUGUCCCGUACCCCUAUUCCACUCAUUCGGAUGAUAGUCGCCAUUAGCACGAGCACAGUAUGCGGCUCAUCACUCGUCUUUCCCUCGGAGCUCUUUGACCCAACAGCAGCACUUCUUUGCAUCGAGAAGUACAAAUGCACUGCCCUGUACGGCGUGAACACGAUGUUCAUAACAGAGAUGUCUGCCAAAGCAUUCAAAUCAACGAAUAAGUCCUCACUGAAGUUUGGCAUCGUCGCUGGUUCACCUAUGCCACCCGAAUUCCUGCGCAGAGUCAUGAAGGAAUUUGAGAUUCCACGAAUCUACACCUGCUGGGGCAUGACAGAGCUCUCCUCCUUCGUGACCAUGAUGCAUGAGACGGACCCAUGGGACAAGCGCAUCCACACCACUGGCCGGCUAUUCCCACAUUUCAUUCUCAAGAUCGUGGAGCCGAACGGCACCAAGACUCUACCAUGGGGCGAACGAGGCGAGAUUGUUGUUAGUGGCUAUGGGCAGAUGGCUGAGUAUAUCGGCAAUAAAGAAAAGACCGAAGAGGCACUACGCUAUCACGAUGAAGAUCUAGAAGAAGGCGGCGUAGGCGGCGUGGAAGGUCGAGGAUCCCAAACGCUGCGUCCUUGGAUGCACACAGGCGACGAGGGAGUGCUUGAUGCAGAUGGCUAUUUGGUCUUCACGGGCCGCAUCAAAGAUCUGAUCAUUCGAGGCGGCGAGAACAUCGCGCCCCUGGAGAUCGAGCAGCGGCUGAAUGAUAUGGAAGCGAUCGCACAGGCAAGUAUUGUUGGCGUACCGGAUGACAAGUAUGGGGAGGCAGUGGGAGCAUUUCUGGAGCUCAAGGAGGGCAGGGACAAGCCUUCGGACGACGAGAUCAAGAAAUGGGUGAAGGACGAACUGGCUUACUUCAAGGCGCCAACAUGGAUCUGGUGGCUCGGGGACGGGGAUGUGCCCGAGGAGUGGCCAAAGACGAUGAGCGGGAAGGUUAGCAAGCCGGAGCUGAGGAAGCUGGUUGAGGAGAAGCUCAUCAAGAAAGAUGGGAAGAAGGAGAAGGCGAAAUUGUGA